UAAAGAGAAACCACCUGCCUGCCUGCUACCUAGUAUAAUUAUAUCCAGUACAUAUCAUUCUCUUCUGGUUUGCCUUUCGGCUCAGGAGAGCAGGAGCGGAAGGAAUUCUAAUCAGAAAGAAUUAUCUUGUUUCUAAAAUUUCAGAGCUUUCAACAUGUGAGUCGUCGAUAUAACGAGCAGGGAUCAACUAAAGUUUCUUAUAAUGAUGGAUAAUUCCUGCACUUACCUAAAAUGGUAAUGUAGUUGCCAAUUGGGUUGAUUAGAUAUACUUUUGCAUCAAAUCCAGAAGCAUGGAUUUUUGGUAGCCUUUGUGGUGUGGAAAACUAAUUUUGUUUCAAGAGAAUAUGGGUGGAGCUUGUUCAAGGAAAAGAGACCAACCAGACAGUGCAGAAGAUCUCCAGAGAGGAGGAUCAGGGAGGUCUAGUAGAAGUAUCAGCCUUCGAUGGCCAGUGAACCCACCUUUUCGUGUUCCAGGAGACAUAAGCAAGGGAAGUGCAAAACUUCCUUCUCUUAUGGAGCUCUCUGUUCAAAAAAUUUGUGAGACAAUUGACAGGUAUGAAUCCUUUGCAAUGCUACCGAGAGAUCUAAGCCAACAAAUUUUCAAUGAGUUAGUCCACACACAAGUUCUCAAAAGAGAAUCACUCCAAGCUUUUCGCGAUUGUGCUCUUCAGGAUGUUUUUCUGGGAUUCUAUCCAAAUGUGGAAGAUUCUUGGCUUGAAAUUCUUGCUACCCAAGGGCCAUCUCUUUUGGCAGUUGAUAUCACUGGUUCAGCUGUGACAGAUUCAGGGCUUGUUCGCUUACGAGAUUGUCUAAAUUUGCAGUUGCUGAACUUCAAUUAUUGUGACUACAUUUCUGAUGUUGGUCUAGGAUAUGUGGCAGGUUUUACAAACUUAACCUCCCUCAGUUUUAAAAGAAGUAAUGCAAUAACUCCAGCUGGCUUGCAUGCCUUAGCGGGCCUUGUGAAACUGAAAAGCCUGGAUCUGGAGAGAUGUACAGAGAUUCAUGGGGGACUGGUGCAUCUAAAAGGACUCACCAAUUUGGAGUCGUUGAAUAUUGGAUGGUGCAAUUGUAUAAAGAACUUAGAUAUCAAACAUCUUGCUGGUCUCACAAACUUAAAGGAGUUGCAAAUUUCUCGGAGUAAGGUAACUGACUCGGGUAUUGCUUCACUGAAAGGUCUGAAAAAGCUUUCUUUACUUAACAUGGAGGGCUGUAAUGUGAGUGCUGCAUGCAUGGAGACAAUUUCAGGUUUCGUUGCUUUGAUAUAUUUGAACAUGACUUCAUGUUGCAUGACUGAUGCUGGAUGUCAAAAGCUUGGAGGGCUUGUAAAUUUAAAGACUCUGAUCCUUGGCUAUAAUAACAUUACUGAUGCUGGUCUAGUACAUUUAAGAGGGUUGACAAAUUUGGAGGACUUAAAUUUGGAUUCAUGUAGUAUUGGAGAUGCAGGAUUGGAAUGCUUGAGAGGGCUUACCUUUUUGAAGAACUUGGAUCUGUCAGACUCUGAAGUUGGCAGCAAUGGACUCCACCAUUUGUCAGGCUUGACAAAGUUAGAAAGCUUGAACCUGUCAUUCACACAAGUAACUGAUACUGGCUUACGAAGAUUAUCUGGGCUCACUGCUCUUAAAUCUCUGAAUCUGGACAUACGACAAGUCACGGACACUGGAUUGGCUGCUCUUACAAGUCUGACUGGAUUGACACAUUUGGAUCUUUUUGGAGCUCGAAUCACAGAUUAUGGCACAAGCUGGUUACGAUCUUUCAAGAAACUUCAAUCUCUGGAGUUAUGUGGUGGAGGGAUAACUGAUGCAGGAGUCAGAAAUAUGAAAGAUCUUACUUCAUUGAUCUCUUUAAACUUAUCCCAAAACUCUCACCUCACAGAUGCCGCACUAGAAUUUAUUUCAGGAAUGACAGCACUUGUCUCAUUGAACAUCUCCAAUUCACGUGUAACAAAUGCGGGACUCCAGCAUCUCAAACCUUUAAAAAAUUUGACCACUUUAUCUUUACAUGCUUGCAAGGUUACUUUGCCUGAAAUUAGGAGGCUGCAAGCAACUUCUCUUCCAAAUCUGUGUCUUCGUGAGGAAUAGAAUUAUUGAGGUUGAAGGCAAAAUUUGAGAUUAAAUGGAAGAUUCUAUAAAAAGUUCGAUUACUAUUCUCAAACUGAAAACAAAUAUCAAAUAUGUAAAUAAAAUGAGGAUGUUCUAAAACUUGAACAUUUGGGUUUUAGCUUUGUCCAUGACACUUUCUUGCAGAAGAGGAGGAUGGUUCUGUAUAUACUAGCCCAUCACAUGGUGACUCCCUGGUUUGCAUGAUUUGUCAAAUGUAUAUAAUAUUAUUAUAUUACGUGGGAUUUGUAUAGUACGUUCCCACCUAUAAACAUACUUCAAUCUCAAUAUAGCUUGCAAGGAAUUGUUGAUAUUAUAGACCUUGCAUAGUUUGUAGCUACUUGUAUCGAACAUCUGUUCUGUUUGGAUAAGGUUACAAAAUACAAUAUAUAACCAUUUUUAUUGUGA